GCCGAGGGAGUCCAGGCGGGCAGAGCGCCAUGAGGGCCGACUCCAGGCUCGGGGUGGAGGAGGCCCACCGGCGUCCUCCACGAGCCCUUCCACCUGUGCCAAGUGCUAUUCAAGAUGAUAUUCCAGUUAGUCGUCCUAAGAAAAAGAAGCCCAGAACGAAAACCCCGCUUGCCAGUGCUGCUUCGGAAGGUCUUGUUCAGACUGCUGCUCACAGGCCACCUGAGGACAGCGAGCCACCAGCCCAAGACCCCACAGAACGCCACGAAGCUCCUGCUCAGCGGAGGCAGAAGAGAACGAGGCUACCUCUUGGUAUGAAAACCCAGCCAGUGGAAUUACAUUAUGCCAAUGAACUAGGAGUUGAAGAUGAAGACAUAAUUACUGAUGAGCAAAGUAGUCCAGAACAACAAUCUGUAUUCACUGCACCCAUGGGCAUUAGCCAGCCUGUAGGCAAAGUGUUUGUGGAAAAAAGCACACAGAAACUUCUCUUAUGCCUGACAACCAAACCUUCCUGGACAACCAGAGAUGUUGCACUGUCGGUGCAUCGGGCUUUCCGGAUGAUUGGUGUCUUCUCCCAUGGCUUCCUGGCUGGCUGUGCUGUGUGGAACAUUGUUGUGAUCUAUGUUCUGGCAGGAGAUGAGCUUUCUGACCUCUCAAACCUUCUGCAACAAUACAAGACAUUAGCAUAUCCAUUCCAGAGUCUUCUCUACUUGCUUUUGGCUCUGAGUACAGUUUCAGCCUUUGACAGGAUUGACUUUGCUAAAACGUCAGUAGCAAUCCGAAAUUUUCUUGCUCUGGAUCCAAGAGCUUUAGCAUCUUUCUUGUACUUCACUGCUCUUACAUUAUCUCUGAGUCAACAAAUGACAAGUGACAGAAUCCACCUUUACACACCUUCUUCUGUUAACGGCAGCCUCUGGGCAGAAGGAAUUGAGGAGCAGGUUCUCCAGCCAUGGAUUGUGGUGAAUCUGGUGGUGGCCCUUCUGGUUGGGUUAUCGUGGCUUUUUUUGUCUUACAGGCCAGGCAUGGAUCUCAGUGAAGAGUUGAUGUUCUCCUCAGAUGUGGAAGAAUAUCCUGAUAAAGGAAUCAAAGCCUCUUCAUAGUGCCAACUCAUCUUCUGAGUAAUGACCUCGUAUUUAGAAUUUUUCCCAUUCUUGUUUUUAAAUGUAUUUUUAUAUAUGUACAGAUGUAUUUGGAAUUGAUUUUUGAUUAUAAAAUACUGAAACAUUUCUCAGGAUUAUGGAAAAUGUUAAAAUUGUAUCUGCAAUUUAUACCUAAACAUUCAUUUCUGUAGCAUUAUUGUGUUUAUGAUGAAGGAGAUAAUGAACUACAAACCAACAAGGUGAAAGUGUUUAUUUCCUGUUUUUUCAGAUUAGUUGCAUUUAUAAUCAUUAUCUUUAAAAGCAGUAAUACAGUGCUUUUAAAAAGCCAUAACUUUAGUGUUACAAAAUAUCUAUCAGGUUUAAACAUAAAUUUAGAGAAUAGAGAAGAAGGGGAGGAAAAGGACCUUCAUUAUUUAUUUUUCAUGUUUUCUGACCGAAUAAAUUGAAAUAUGAAUUUUGUCAUUUUUGAAACUGGUUCAGUGGUUGUGUAUCAUGUAAUAAGUAAAAUGUAAUUUAGCUUGAAAGAUGGCUAAUAAGAAGGAAGUGUAACUU